AGAUUCCGCUUCUGAGGCACCGAAGGUGUUUGUGUGGAGAGCGGAGCUCUCAAAUGAAUGAUGUUCAGCAAAUUAAAGAAAAAAUGAAGAGUUUUAUCCUUCUCUGUGUCCUUGGAUUACCCUGCGCGGUGGCUGUGACUCAUUCUCUGAAGUAUUUCUACACGGCGUCCUCACAAGUCCCAAACUUCCCAGAGUUUGUGACUGUUGGUCUGGUUGAUGAUGUUCAGAUAGUUUAUUACGACAGCAACACCAAGAGAACAGAGCCCAAACAGGACUGGAUGGAGAAGAACGCAGAUCAGACAUACUGGGACACAGAGACUGAUCUGGCUUUGGGUGCCCAGCAGAGCUUCAAAGCCAACAUUGACAUUUUAAAGAAGCGCUUCAACCAAACUGGAGGGGUUCAUAUUUUCCAGAACAUGUACGGCUGUGAGUGGGAUGAAGACACCGGAAAGGUCAGAGGUUAUGACCAGUACAGUUAUGAUGGAGAAGACUUCUUCGCACUGGAUCUGAAGCAUGAGGAAUGGAUCGCUCCAAAACCAGAAGCUUUCACAACCAAACAAAAGUUGGAACACAACAGAGCUUUUAUAGAACAGGAGAAGAACUACUACAACCAGAUCUGUCCUGAGUGGCUGAAGAAGUUUGUGAACUAUGGGAGCAGCGUUCUGAGGAGAACAGAGCGUCCCUCAGUGUCUCUCCUCCAGAGGACUCCCUCCUCUCCAGUCAGCUGCCAUGCUACAGGUUUCUACCCCAGCAGUGCUGAGCUGCUCUGGAGGAAAGAUGGAGAGGAGGUCCAUGAAGGAGUGACCAAAGGAGAGAUCCUCCCCAACAAUGAUGGAACCUUCCAGAUGAGUGCUGACCUGGAUGUUUCAUCAGUUCCAGCUGAAGACUGGAAGAAGUAUGAAUGUGUGUUUCAGCUCUCUAACACAGGAGACCUCCCCACCAGACUGGAGAAAGAAAUAAUUAAGACCAAUGCAGGCAGUAACGUUGCCAUGGUGAUCGGCAUCAUUGUUGCCGCUGCUUUUCUCCUCGUCAUCGCUGUGAUCGGAUUCAUUCUUUACAGAAAGAAGGACGCCAAGCGCCCUCCAUCUCCUGUAGAAAAUGCUGAGGUUCAGGAGCAAAUGAUCCCAAAGGCCUGA